GCGCAUGAUCGUUUGAAAAUUCCAUUGUGUGUUGUGAUCGGGUGUGGUGUAUUUUAAAACGAAAAGUGGUUAAAAAAUUACUGCACGAAUAAGUGAAACUUACGAAUUUUCGGUGAAGGUGUGAGUGUUUCACCUAUUCAUCAUGAGCUACAUGUCUUCUAAUCAAAGCAGGACAAUGCCCUACCAAGGGCCAGGAGAUCUUCCAAUGGCAAACUCAAAGGAUCAGACCCUUAUGUGGCAGCAGAAUUCAUAUAUGGGGGAUUCAGGUAUCCAUUCUGGAGCUCAAACUCAAGUGCCAUCCCUCAGUGGUAAAGAAGAUGAGGAGAUGGACUUGUUCGACCUUGAUCAGGGUGGUUAUCAAGGCUUUACCCAGGAUCAGGUAGAUGAUAUGAACAAUCAACUUAAUCAAACUCGUUCACACCGUGUGCGUGCUGCCAUGUUUCCUGAAACUUUAGAGGAAGGAAUUGAGAUACCAUCUACUCAGUUUGACCAGCAAAGCCAAACAGCGGUUCAGCGAUUAGCUGAACCAAGUCAAAUGCUUAAGCAUGCUGUUGUAAAUCUGAUCAAUUACCAAGAUGAUGCUGAACUAGCCACAAGAGCUAUUCCAGAAUUGAUUAAAUUGUUAAAUGAUGAGGAUCAGGUGGUAGUGUCUCAAGCAGCUAUGAUGGUGCAUCAGCUUUCGAAGAAAGAAGCUUCUCGCCAUGCUAUUAUGAAUAGUCCACAGAUGGUGGCCGCUUUAGUCCGAGCCAUAUCCAAUUCUAAUGAUUUAGAGACCACCAAAGGUGCAGUAGGCACUUUGCACAAAUUAUCCCACCAUCGCCAAGGUCUGUUGGCCAUUUUUAAAAGUGGUGGGAUACCUGCAUUGGUUAAACUGCUGAGCUCCCCUGUAGAAAGUGUAUUGUUCUAUGCCAUUACAACUUUGCACAAUUUACUGUUGCACCAAGAUGGCUCAAAGAUGGCUGUCCGUCUGGCGGGAGGGUUACAAAAAAUGGUUGCCCUGCUGCAACGUAACAACACCAAAUUUUUGGCCAUUGUGACAGAUUGUCUACAAAUUCUGGCAUAUGGAAACCAGGAAAGCAAAUUGAUUAUUCUUGCUUCCCAAGGGCCUGUCGAACUUGUGAGGAUUAUGAGGUCCUACAACUAUGAAAAACUUUUGUGGACAACCUCUAGAGUUUUAAAGGUUUUAUCAGUUUGCUCCAGCAACAAACCAGCUAUUGUUGAAGCAGGAGGCAUGCAAGCUCUUGCCAUGCAUUUGGGCAAUCCUAGUCAGCGCUUGGUUCAGAACUGUCUUUGGACCUUAAGAAACUUGUCGGACGCCGCUACUAAAGUUAAUGGUUUGGAUUCAUUGCUGUCCUCACUAGUGCAAGUUUUGGCUUCUUCGGACGUUAACGUUGUCACUUGCGCUGCCGGUAUUCUGUCUAAUUUAACGUGCAAUAAUCAGUUUAACAAAGAAACUGUUUGCCAAUAUGAUGGAAUCGCCGCAUUGGUACGCACAAUUAUGAAUGCCGGAGAUCGCGAGGAAAUAACAGAGCCCGCAAUUUGUGCUCUAAGGCAUCUCACUUCUAGGCAUGAUAAAUCAGAAUAUGCACAGAAUCAAGUCCGCUUGGUUGGAGGCAUACCGGUUAUUGUAAGAUUAUUGAAUCCUCCAUCCCGAUGGCCAUUGGUGAAGGCCGUUAUCGGAUUGAUUAGAAAUCUCGCAUUGUGUCCGGACAACUUUUUCCCUUUGAGGGAAUCUGGUGCCAUCAAUUGCCUGGUGCAACUUUUAAUGAGGGCUUAUCAAGACACUCAAAGGCGCGCAAGUUUGGCCAGCGGUGGCAGUCAACAACCUGGUACAUAUGCUGACGGCGUACGUAUGGAGGAGAUCAUUGAAGGCACUGUGGGAGCGCUUCACAUUUUGGCUCGGGAAUGGAACAACCGAGAACAAAUAAGACAGCAGGGGGUUGUUCCUAUCUUUGUACAAUUGCUCUUCAAUGACAUUGAGAAUAUACAACGCGUGGCUGCCGGUGUCCUCUGCGAGUUGGCUGCAGACAAGGAAGGAGCUGACAUGAUCGAACAAGAAGGAGCCACUGCGCCCCUAACUGAACUCUUGCAUUCAAGAAACGAGGGCGUUGCAACAUAUGCUGCUGCUGUAUUGUUCCGCAUGAGCGAGGACAAGCCACAGGACUACAAAAAGCGUCUCUCCAUGGAACUGUCCAGUUCUUUAUUCCGCGAAGAGAAUUUGUGGAAUCCCGACCUUGGUAUGGGGGCUGAUUUUCAGGAUAUUUUGAGUCCUGAACAAGCAUAUGAUAAUAUGUACACUCAGGGCCCACCUAGCGUACAUAGCAGUCACGGUGGUAGACCAUACCAACAGCAAGGGUAUGACACGAUACCCAUAGACAUGCAGGGUCUUGAAAUAGGUUCGCAUGCUGGGGGCAACGGUUCAACAUACGGCGCCCUAGAUGCUAUGGAUGUAACCGGAGCUGAUGAUCUUAAUUUUGAUACCAUAGAUCAAUUGCCCACCCCACCUCAAGAUAACAACCAAGUGGCAGCUUGGUACGAUACAGACUUGUAAAUUCCUUAAAAUCACACAUUGUAAAAUUUGCCCCAUAAAUGGCGCGAUCUAACUUACAUUACUUCGUAUAUUCGUCACCAGGUGGACGACCCUGUUUGCCAUAUUUUAUUGAAAUACACUCUUUAUUUUAAUGUGAGGAUUUUCCAAUUGACAAGUCUGUUGGCACCUUGGUGUAAUCAUUUAGGUGUAAGACCUAUUCUGUGUUCAUUUUUGUUGCGGCAAAAUUGAAAAUUUUUUCUUAGUUGGUGUGAUGAUUUACCACGCAUUGCUUCCUGUUGAAUACAAUUGAACAAUUGUACCCCUAUUUACUUUCGCAGUGUGUUUUAUACAAGUUUCACUGCAAUUGCCGAUUUAUAUAUGGAGAGGAUAACUCAAAAAAAAAAAACUUUCAAUUUUGUCUACCAAUUAAUUCUAUUAAUUUUUAUUACUUAAUUUAUAGAAAACCUAGCUGAAUCGUUCAGCUGUAGUGAUUACUUUUUGCAAUUUUAUAAGUGAUGAAGCAUUUUCCUUGAUUUUUUUUUAUUUCACAGUAAAUGUGUAGAGUUUUAUCUAUAUUUUAGUAUAAGCAGUAUUUGUAAGAAUAUUUAUACCUAGAUUUUUUUUGUAGAUUACCUUUUUUUUCUGUAUUGUUGACAAUAAUUUACAUCUUUAUAUUUUACGUCCAUUAUAUCAACAUCAUCCUUUCUUGUAAGUGUUUUCAAUGUUUUUCGUUUAAUCGACUAAAGAAUUUAUUGAAAAACAGGGUAGAAAUUGAUUAUCAAAAGGCACUGCCUUUUUGAAUCAUUAUAUGCAUGCAAUUUAUAGAAUAAUACA